AUCUAGCUGCAGCUGGUCCACAUGCAAACUAACAAAGGGGGUGUGUCUGAAAUGAAUCUUCAUCUAAUUGCACUCUUCUUAUUCCUCUCUUUGUCAUGGCAAGUAGAAGCUGGAGGAAAACUUCAAAUAGGAAUCAAGAAGAAAGUAGAAAACUGUGAGAGGAGAACAAAGAAAGGUGACAGGCUUCAAAUGCACUACACUGGUACUCUGAAAGAGGAUGGAUCUCAGUUUGAUAGCAGUCUCACGCGAAAUGAACCGUUUACAUUUACACUUGGUGUGGGUCAAGUCAUAAAAGGAUGGGAUCAGGGACUUCUAAACAUGUGCGAAGGAGAGAAAAGACGUCUGGUUAUACCCUCUGAUUUAGGCUAUGGAGACAGGGGAGCUCCUCCAAAGAUACCAGGGGGUGCUACUCUAGUCUUUGAGGUUGAAUUACUCAAGAUAGAACGACAAGGAGAUUUGUGAUGUCAUUCAAGUGACAACUAAGAACAUCACCAUCUUUAUUGAGUGUGUGUCUGUAUGUGACUCUGCUGUGUAUUAGCUAGAUUACUGACACACACACAUUAUUGCCAAUUAUUUUUCAUAGGAUUCUGUUAAUGCUCUUUUGACUACAAAAUG